CCAGUCUGACUUCUCCCCCGCUUUCACAUCGUGUGGUAUCUGCCAGGAGAGCACAGCCGCUGGCGCGUCUGCGUCUUUGCAGAGGCCCUUCAGCUUCUCUGAACAUUAUUACACAGAUCCAGAGUACAGAUCCAAAGACCCCCCUCCUCCAGGAAGACCGCCCCAAAGAACGUCGCCACCCAUGCUCCCCGCCACUGAGACAGCUCCGCCGCUCUGCUCUGUGAGUUUGGAGGCUUCCUCACCCUCGGUGUACAAUAGAGUGAUUCAACAAUUUGGUUUCUUGGAGUCUCUGUUGAACCUGUGGGCCAGACCCCACAGCGGAGGCUGCAGGAACUGUCUUCUGGCCCCAGCAGCUCAGCUCUGAUUGAGUCCACGGAGCCCACUUGGCUUCAGGCUCGUGGGAGGAGCAUCAGCAAGAGAGCUGGAGGGCUGAUGCCCAGCAGGAACAUGCCAGCCAACUGGAGCUCUCCUGGGCCAUCCCUGGCUCGAGCUGUGGGGAGAUGUGACAACUCCUGUGAGGUCUCCGUGUCAUUCGAGGAUGUGACUGUGGACUUCAGCAGGGAGGAGUGGCAGCACUUGGACCCUGCUCAGAGACGCCUUUACCGGGAUGUGACGCUGGAGAAUUACAGCCACUUGCGCUCAGUGGGGUAUGAAGUUCCCAAACCAGAGGUCAUCUUCAAGUUGGAACAAGGAGAGGAGCCAUGGAUUUUGGAGAGAAAAACCCCACAUCAGAGCUGUUCAGAUGGGAGGUUUGGGAUUAAGACCUCACAAAAAAGAAUUUCUGGAAAAGCUUCAUUUCAUAGUGAAAUGGAGAGUGAAGAUACAAGAGAUGAUUCAUUGUAUUCCAUUUUAGAAGAACUGUGGCAAGAUUCUGAACAGAUAAAAAGAUAUCAGGAAAAACAGAGCAAACCUCUGAGUCAUGCUGCUUUCAUCAGUAAGAAAGUACUGAAUACAGAGUGGGAUUUUGAAUAUAAAGACAGUGGAAAAUUUGUUCAUCCAAGCCCAAAUCAUAUUCCUUCACAGAAAAGACCCCAUAAAUGUGACUCAUUUGGGAAGAGUUUUAGGCAUAAUUUGGACAUACAUAUUCCUGGUAAAAACAAUGCAACAAAGAACUUUGAUAAAAAUACUGGACAUGGUCAAGUUUUCACACAGAGCUCUUCUUAUACUAACCAUGAAAGUACUCAUACAGGAGUGCAAUUCUGUGAAAGUAAUCAGUGUGGAAAAGUCCUCGGUCUCAAACAAGCAUUUAGUCACCAUCUGAAACUUCCUGUUGGGAAGAAAGCAGAUAUGUGUUCUGAAUUUGGGAAGAUACUCACCCAGAAGUCACACCUCUUUGCAUCUCAGAGAAUCCACACUAUGGAAAAACCUCAUGAACUUAGCAAAUGUGUAGAUGUGUUUACACAGAAGCCACUACUCAGUAUAUAUCUGAGAGUUCAUAGAGAUGAAAAACUGUAUAUAUGUACUGAAUGUGGGAAGGCAUUCAUCCAGAAUUCAGAAUUAAUUGUGCAUAAGAAAACUCAUACUAGAGAAAAACCCUAUAAAUGCAAUGAAUGUGGAAAAUCAUUUUUCCAGGUGUCCUCUCUACUUAGGCAUCAGACAACUCACACUGGAGAAAAACUCUAUGAAUGCAGUGAAUGUGGGAAAGGCUUCUCCCUGAACUCAGCCCUCAAUGUACAUCAGAAAAUUCAUACUGGAGAGAGACACCACAAAUGCGGUGAGUGUGGGAAAGCCUUUACCCAAAAAUCAACACUCAGGAUGCAUCAGAGAAUUCAUACAGGGGAGAGAUCUUACAUAUGUACUGAAUGUGGGCAGGCCUUCAUCCAGAAGGCACACUUGAUUGCCCAUCAAAGAAUCCAUACUGGAGAGAAGCCUUAUGAAUGCAGUGACUGUGGGAAAUCUUUCCCUUCUAAGUCACAACUCCAGAUGCAUAAGCGAAUUCACACAGGAGAGAAACCCUAUAUAUGCACUGAAUGUGGGAAGGCCUUUACCAACAGGUCAAAUCUCAAUACUCACCAGAAAUCUCAUACUGGAGAGAAGUCUUAUAUAUGUGCUGAAUGUGGAAAGGCCUUCACUGACAGGUCAAAUUUCAAUAAACACCAGACAAUUCAUACCGGAGAGAAACCCUAUGUUUGUGCUGAUUGUGGGAGGGCCUUCAUCCAGAAGUCAGAGUUAAUUACACAUCAGAGAAUUCAUACUACAGAGAAGCCUUAUAAAUGUCCUGAGUGUGAGAAAUCCUUCUCCAAGAAACCACAUCUCAAAGUACAUCAGCGAAUUCACACAGGAGAGAAACCAUACAUGUGUGCAGAAUGUGGGAAGGCCUUCACUGACAGGUCAAAUUUCAAUAAACACCAGACAAUUCAUACUGGAGAUAAACCCUAUAAAUGCAGUGACUGUGGAAAGGGCUUCACUCAGAAAUCGGUCCUGAGUAUGCAUCGCAAUAUUCAUACAUGAAAGUAACCCUUUUUCUUACAAGUGAGAAAGCCUUAUCACAGAAGUCAGGUCCAAGUGUAUGUCAUAAAAUCCAUCCAAGACAGAUCCUAUAUGAAUACACUGCAUGAUAAAAAGCAUCCAUCAGCCUCUCUCCCUGAGAUAAGAAAAAUUAUUCAAAAGAGACCCUCUAAGAAUGCAUUGAAUAAAAGGGACUUUUCAUAUUUGCAUGGCCUCACAAAAUAUAAUAGAAUUCAUACUGGGAAAAAUGCUAUCAGUUUGAUGCAUUCAGAAAAGCCUCCCUAUAGAAAGUAUUAUAAGGCAAAUUGUUACCAAAUUCUUUAUAGAUGGAGUGAGCAAAAGUAUGUAAAUGACAGUCAUGUUUACUGUGUCAUAUUAAGCAAGGUAAAGUGGCAACAAAAUGAAAGGAAGAACAACAAAAUAAUGUAUUUGAUGUGUAGACCUACUCUCAGUUCUGUAGGGUGUUUGUGACAGAACACAUUACACAACAGGAGGAAUCAUUGAAUUGAAAUUCUUUUUGGAAUUUAAUAUAAUUGUGUCUGUCCAAUAUCUUUCCUAUUGAAUCCUCCUGUGAAUCCACAGUUUUAAAGUCAUUAUGGUUUUAUAUAUACACACAUCUGCAGAUAUAAUCUCACUUGAACACAUAAAUAUAAUCCUAUAAUUCAUGCUGGUUUCCACGACACUGUUUAUCUUCUUUCCUUGUGGUGCAAUGCAAAAUAGCCACAGACCUCUCCCAUCCUUUGCUAUGUUACUUUUUUUCUUUUUCUUUGAUUAAGAGGUAGAGCUCUCUCUACUCCUUGACUCUGAGCUUGGCCAUGUGAUUUGCUUUGGCCAAUGUACAUUAGCAAAGAGAUUCAAGAGGCUGGAGAAAAAUCUGCCUUGAGCCUUAUCUUCUCUUGCUGCUCUCUGGAAUUCUGAGAACUUCAUGUGAGGAAACUCAAGAGUCUUCUGCUGGGGGAUGAGAAACCACACGGAACAGAGAUGGGCCAGCACAGAUGAGUCCUCUUAGAACAACUGCCAGGCAGGAGAGUGAGACCUUCCUCAACCUCCAGCCCCUGCCAAACUGGCCCACACCGAAAGAGCUAUACCAGUUACCCCAGCCAACCUGAAGAAUUAUGAGAUACAUAAAAUGAUUAUUGUUUUAAGCUACUAAGACCUAAAAGGGUAUACUCGUCGGCAGGGGGGUGUGUGUGGGGGGAGGGUGGAUUAUACAAAACAUAAGACGUGGCAUUAGCUCUGGGCCUGGUGGCAGGUGGAGACUGGAAACAAUAAGGAAAACUGUUAAGAAAGGCUGGAAAAGAUGGCAGCUCAUGUUAUUUACUAGGGAAAAGAAUAGCAAAACAGCAUGCUCUGUGAGAAGAUAGAGAAUAUACCAAAUAAGCUUGUGGAGAAUGUUGGAAAUAUCAAUUUGCUUCUUUUUAGCUGCAUACGGUGAGGUACCAAAAGAGAGAUGAACUAAGGAAAUAACUGUUCCAUUUACAAGCAGAAUUCAGAAGAAAUACCAAAAAAGCCAGAACUUGCUGGGUUGGAAAAUAACUAUUUCUCACACAUCUCCAAGUCUCUCCAGCCAUCAAAAUAUUCUCACGGUGAAAAAUGGUCUCAGGGUAGAGAUCAAAUCAUGGAUGCGGCUAUAACACCUUUUGUUAAAAUGUGUGAAAUACUUAAGUUGGUGUUUGGGAGACUCUCUCAGCUAAACCAAAAGGCUUCUAAAAACUUCAUGACAUUGUCCAAUAGCCUGAGACAUUGCUAAAGUAGAGAGGGGCCUGUUGUAAAAAGAAUUGUCAAUGUGGCAUUUGGGGCAUGGACUAAAUACAAACAAGAUUCACAGAACACCUAUAAAGUCUCUAAUAGAGUUUUACUACCUCCGGGUUGGACUUAAAGGAAUUGAAACAGUCCAAAAUGAAAAGCAGCCUUGGACUACCUUCUCUAACUUCUAUGAACAUGAAGCAAACAGAGAAAGUUACUCAGCUGCCAUUUCUUAUGGGAAAAGAAGGAUGUCUCCGAGAGAAGACCCAAGAACAAUAUAUUAAAAUGGACUGGGAAGCUAUUCCCAGGUUGAACUGUGACCCAGUCAAGAAACAUCUGCCCCUGGAGCAGGGAGACCUGACAACAUUUGUUCUGUGCGACUUCAGAGUUGUUAUGGAACAGUGACUAAGAUGUGCCUCUUGUUCCUCCCUUCUUUUAAAUGAGAGUAUCUACUGCAGUUCACAGUCCCUGUCUCACCAGUGUGUGUGUGUGUGUGUGUGUGUGUGUGUGUGUGUGUGUAUGGGGGGGUGAUGGUCAUAUAACUUGUCAUUUAGCUCACAGGUCACUGGAUCAAGAACCUAAGAAAUUGCACCCAAGGAGCUUCAGCCACAUCUGAACCUGAUACAGAAGACCUGAGGUCCUGGAUUUGAGCCUGAUGCCCUAAUUUGGGAUGAGACAUUUGGAGGUCUUGGAAUGAGGGUGAACAUAUUUUGCAUGGUGUGGUAACAUAAAUAAUUAAUGACCAGAAGAUAGAUUGUGUUAGAUAGAAAAAUGUUACAAAUUUCUACCCUCUCUAUAUGUGUGUCCCUUUUCAAUAUUUUACUUUGUGUUUCAGGUGGGGUAAUUUCUAUUAACCUAUCUUCAGGUUCACGAAUUUUAACCCCUACCCUGUUCAAUCUGUUUAACCACUACUUCUGUUAGGGCUACUGAUGAACCCAUUAAAGGCAUUCUUCAUCUCAGUUAUGUUUUCUUUAUUUCUAGUAUUUCCAUUUGACUCUUAGAGUUUUCAUUUUUCUGCUGCAAUUCCCCAUCUGUUCAUACCUGUUGUUCACAUUUCCCACCAUCCUUUCUAACACAUUAAUCAUUGUUAAUUUCAAUUCCCUACUUGAUAAUACUAACAACUGGGUCAGCUGAGUCUGGAUUUUUUUAUUGCUCUGUCUCUUAAUGGUGGACUGUUUAUUCUUGCUGUUUUGCAUCUAAUAAUUUUUGGCUGAAUGUCAGACGUUGUAUGGAGGAGAGUAGAAACUGAGGUAAAUAAUAUUUAUUCCUGGAAAUAGUUAUGACUGCUCUUCUGAUAAAUCAUUAAGGGGGGAGGGGGUGAGUCCAUCUAGUCAGAAUUUGGGCUGGGUUUAGGUUUUGUUGUUGCUGUGGUACUUUCAUUGUACCAUAGACUUCAAAUUUCUCAAAUAUUACCUUGGGCUUAGGGUAGGCACUGGUUUUCCAGAUAAUUUUUCUCAAUAUUCUUGCCUUUAGGCCUUUCCUGUGUUCCUGCAUCUCAGGGAGGAUCUCUCUCCAUGCCCGUGUCUCUCCCUUAGUAGUAGACUGCUGUUAUUACUUGGGUCUCGGUGACCUAAUGAGUAGGGGUCAGGAGUUGUCCUGGGCCAACCCCAGUUUUAGGCAGGGACUUGUAUCCCUAGGUCUUGAGGGUGGAGUUUUUUUUUUUCAGUGAUCCUGCCCCUCCCCAUUGGUAAAUGGCCUUUAGUGGUCUCAGCUCAGGAUGAUUACCCGCCCUUCCCCCAUGAAUGGAAGAUUUUUUUUUUUUUUCCUUUUCCUUUUUCUCUAGCCACAGCAGAUCUGCACUUGUAUCCUGGGGGUGACUGGGUUUGCAUCACUUCCCCUAGUGGUUUAAGGCUUUUGUUCUGUAAGGAAGUAGGGUCCCAUUGGGGCUUUGUGGCAUUUCUCUAUCAGCAGCUGUCCCCUUGCAGGCCUCCACCACUGAGAGAGGCUUUCUCCAGUCUCCUUCCCUACCCCCAUUAUUUCUGGUGAGCAUCCAGUGGAGGUCUGUAGCAAAGAGCCUGCAAGUGAAGGCCGACUAUCCUUAGGUCUCCAGUUCUCGGGGGUUCUAUAUUCUCAUACUAUCCCACACUCAGCCUUUAAAGCUUCAUUAAAACUUCUUGCUGAAAUCUUACUGCUGCUAUGGUGGACCCAUCUUCCUUCUUGCUUUGCCACAGGUGACCCAGUGACAACUUCCUAUCUCCUUUGAGGCACUUGUCUUAUACAUCAAGCUAAUUGGUUGCUCUAUGGUCUUAGUUCUUUGAUGAGUUCAAGAAAAGUUAUGAUUUUGUAGAUUGCCCAUAUUUUUUUCUUAGUAUAAGAAUGGGAGCUAUGCUCUUUCCAGAUGUCUACAUCCCAGGCAGAAGACAGAAGUCUGGAUGGUCUCCUUUGGCCAUUAACAUCAGAAUAUAUGCCCCCGUUUCAAUGUGACUCUUCCACUUCACCCAUCAGGAGAUGGAGUCCAUUUCUCCAACCCUUAAAACUGGGCGUGGCCAUUUCUUUGGCCAAUG